AUGUCAGACUUGGAAGAUGAUUUGUUAGCUUUGGCUGGUGAUGGAGUUUCAGACUCUGAAUUUGAACCUCAAGAUUUCAAAAAGAGAAGCUCUCCUACAAAUAGUUCUACUAAAAGAAGAAAAACUACAGUUAGAGACUUUGAUGAUGAAAUUGAUGAAGAUGAAGAAGUAGGAGAGGAUGAUGACCAAAUCAAAGAUUAUGAAGACGAAGAUGAAGAUGACGAUGAAGAAGAUAAUCUUGUAAAUCCUUAUCCACUUGAAGGGAAGUAUAGAGAUGAAGAAGAUAGAGAGAACUUACUUAAAAUGGAUGAAAUUCAACGUGAACAAACCUUGUUUGAUAGAUCUCAAGAGAUGGAAAGCUAUAACGAAAAGAAGUAUUUACAGCAAAGAUUAAAACAACAAAAGGCUCAAGCGGAAGGAGCAAAGGAUAAGAAAACAAGAACUAGUGCUAGAUCUAAGAUGGUAAAAAGUACUUCUAAAAGCAACAAACUUGAUAAAUUGAGUGAGUUAAGGAAGCAAAGAGAUCAAAAAUCGAGAAGAGAAAGUAAGAGAAAAGAUUAUGAUGACUAUGAAGAAGAUGAAGAAGAUGAAGAAGAAGACGAAGGUGAAGAGGAACUUGAAGAAGAUGAAGAAGAUGAAUAUGGAUAUAAUGAUUAUGAAGAUAAGGUAGUUUGGGGAAGUGGAGCUUCCUCUUCUAGAUCUUCAAGGGUCAAGAGAAGUACCGAAAGAGCUCAGUUUGAAAACUUAAGUCAAAUCAAGGUUGGUCGUAGUAUGUUACACCGCUUUUGCUUCUACAGUAAUUUCAGCGAUGCCGUGAUUGAUUGUUUUGCCCGUAUAAAUGUUGGUAUUGAUAAACGAACCAGAAGACCUAUAUAUAGAAUGGUUCAAAUUGUAGAUGUCAAGAAUAUCCCAGAGAAAGCUUACAAGUUCCCUAGCACAAUGGUGGAUAUAUACUUAACUGUCGCACAAAAUAGAACCCAAAAGAAAGACUUUCCUAUGACUGUAUUUUCAGAUUCACCUAUAACUAGGGAGGAAUUUGAUAGGUAUGUCAUUGAACUAAAUAAGACUGAUGAAGAAUUACCUUAUUUGGAUGAUGUUAAGGAAAAAAUUAAUGUUCUCAAUCAAUUUAUGAACAGAGAGAUUUCAGACAAGGACGUCAAUGAGAUGAUCAAAAGGAAACAGCAAUUGAAUGCAUCUACUGGAGACGGACAAAACUUGGAAGGUUUCGAUGCUGUUUUCCAAAAAUCCCGGAUAAGGGAUGAAUUGAAGGUAGCUAAACAGGAGAAAAAUUUCAGUAAGAUCAGCAAGUUGGAAAAGAAGUUAGAGGACUUGGAAGUUAUAGUUGCCAAUACUACAAACAAAGUAACUAGCGGUGGUUUGACUAUGUCCAAAGUUAAUGAAAGAAACAGGAAACUUAACCAAACAAAUAUUAGAAUAGCUGAGUUGAAAUCUUCUCAAUUGAAGAAGAUUGCUGAAGCCACCAGCGAUGGUGGUGAUCCAUUUUCCAGAUUUAAGACUAAUACUAGAAUGUUUUAUCAAGAUUUAGUUAAUGAGGAAAAUGAAAAGGCGUUAGUUGAUGCUAGAAUAAACUAUGAAAAGGAAAUGGCAGAGAAGACAGAAAUGGAUGCUAAGAUUGCUUCUUCUAGUUACAGAAGUUUAGGAGUUAUGGAUGAUCUAAUCAAGAAUAUUGAGCUUGAUAUAGAGAUCAAAAUAUAG